UGUAUGAGUGGAUCCAUGUUUUGGUGGAUCCAGUAAUGAGUAAUCAGUGCGCAUACCCAGAAUUUAUUACCAAGGGAAUGGCUGAUGAAAGUAGAAAGUAUAUAAUGUCCCCAGAGCUUGCUAUUCAAAGAGAGCUGGCAUAUCGGAGAAAGGUUGCUGAGUUGCUACAAGAUGCCAACUUUGGGAAAAACCUCAUGCCGUUGCAGGAAGCAUCAUCAAGUUCACGACCAUGUCCAACUCCAAGCACAAGUACAAUGCGAAAUUUAAGUGCAGGUCCUAGGUUUUCAGAACUGAAGCAACAAACUCAAAGAAUUGGCAUUGAGCAGGGGCAGCAAUUCCGUGCCGAACAGGUGCUUCAAAACAAAGCAGGUAAUUUAUUUUGCAAGAUUUGCCAGGUCUACUGCAUGGAUUCAUAUAACUAUGAGCAGCAUGUCAAUGGUAAGAAACAUGAAGCCAAACUUGGAGAGUUAUUACUCAAUAGUAAAGAUGAUGGUGAGGUUAACCCAGCAAACCAGCAACUAUGGUGCGAUGUCUGUCGAGUGCCCUGCAUGAAUUCCUACUCUUAUGAGCAGCAUGUGAAUGGUAAGAAACAUCAGAACAAUCUACAAGCUUCAAGAAUUUGAUCGUAAAGCGAAUGCUUAUAACUGCCAGGUAGUAGUAGGCCAGUAGUUAGUACCAUGAAUUAGGUUGAAUACAUUGCACAAAAACUUAUUGAGGCAGAGCUGGAAACUUACAAUUCAGUAUAUGUUAUUGUAUU